CUUGCACAUAAACCAGGGCAGUUUUUUUUCCUAUAGCUCUUUUGACGUCAGCCCUCGUACAGACAAUAAGCUGUGAAUUCUAAUGCUGAAACAAAUAGGGCUCAUUGGAAGCUACAGCAAAGCAAAGGGGUGUUUUGUGGAAGCCAUUACUGUCUCUGAAAGCAUAAUGAAUAAUUUUCUCUAACUGUGUGGGAACUUGUAUUGCUGCAAGGGGAGAAAAAAAGGAAUGCUGCACACUCCAUAGGUGGCACUAGGGAAUGGUACAUGAGUACUGAGCGUUAGGUUUGCUAAAGGAAGAUCAUUUGGAAUCUGUCUGCCAGAAAGAAAGGAUUGGGCUGAAAGAAGAGCAGACAUGUCUGCAAAGGAAAGGCAGAAAAUGAGAGUUACAAAGGACAGCGUUACAUUGCUGCCAUGCUUUUAUUUUGUGGAGUUGCCGAUUUUGGCUUCUUCUGUGGUUAGUCUAUACUUUCUGGAGCUUACAGAUGUCUUUAAACCAGUUCAUUCGGGCUUUAGCUGCUAUGACAGAAGCCUCAGCAUGCCCUAUAUUGAACCCACCCAGGAGUCCAUCCCUUUCCUGAUGCUGCUGUGUUUGACAUUUGCAGGACCUGCAGCAACGAUCAUGGUAGGAGAAGGUGUAUUAUACUGCUGCUUGUCUAAGAGAAGAAAUGGAAUAGGAGCAGAAGCCAAUAUAAAUGCUGGAGGAUGCAACUUUAACUCUUUCCUUAGAAGAGCUGUCCGAUUUAUAGGGGUCCAUGUUUUUGGAUUAUGUUCCACUGCUCUGAUAACUGACAUUAUUCAACUCUCAACUGGCUACCAAACCCCAUAUUUCUUGACUGUGUGUAAACCUAACUACACUUCUUUAAAUAUAUCCUGCAAAGAAAAUCCAUAUGUUUUGGAAGACAUUUGUUCUGGCUCGGACCUUGGAGUUAUAAAUUCUGGGAGAAAGUCGUUUCCUUCUCAACAUGCAACCCUUGCAGCAUUUGCAGCUGUCUACAUUUCUAUGUACUUCAACGCUACAUUAACAGACUCCUCUAAGCUGCUGAAACCAUUGUUGGUGUUUUCCUUUAUAAUAUGUGGAAUUAUAUGUGGCCUCACACGUAUAACGCAGUACAAGAAUCACCCUAUUGAUGUUUACAGUGGAUUUUUACUGGGAGGAGGCAUUGCUAUAUAUUUGGGACUUUAUGCUGUAGGAAACUUUCAGCCGAGUGAAGACAACAUUCCUCAGAAGCCACCUCCUCCACUUAGAGAACCUCUACGAUCUUUAACAGAAAUAAGUCAAGAUGCCAAUAGGAUUCUACCAGGAAAGAAUGGCAACAGCACUGAUGGUAUCGCUGCCCAUCAUGUAGAAAAUAUCUUGACCCGAAAUCAUAGAGAGUCAAGCUCUCUCACAAAUAUUAAGAGAGCAAGUACUGAUGUAGAAGUAAUCACACCACGAAGCCCUAUGGGAAAAGAAAACAUGGUAACAUUUAGCAAUACUUUGCCAAGGGUGCAUACACCAUCUUUAGAAGAUCCAGCUAGAAGAAAUGCAACAAUUCACGCAUCAAUGGAUUCAGCACGUUCAAAGCAACUCCUUUCCCAAUGGAAGACAAAAAAUGAAAGCCGUAAGCUAUCUUUGCAGGUCAUUGAGACUGAGGCUGGGCUUUCCCCACAAAGGAUAAUAGAAAUGAGGUCAAGCUCUGAACCAGUGAGGGUUGGUGUUAAUGGAGAGCACAUUGGACCAGGCAAUUCUUACCUUAAAUUGCAACCUGGCAGUGUUCCAGGUUGCAACAAUACUGGAAUACCUGGUGGGCCAAGAGUCUCAAUUCAGUCACGGCCUGGAUCCUCCCAGUUAGUGCACAUUCCUGAAGAAACUCACGAGAAUAUCCUUACCACAUCUCCAAAAUGUAGUUCUGCCAGAUCAAAAUGGCUUAAAGUGGCUGAGAAAAGUGUUGUUUGUCGAAGUAACAGUCAACCAAGAAUCAUGCAGGUAAUAGCCAUGUCAAAGCAGCAAGGAAUGCUUCAAGGGAGUCCAAAGAGUUCAGAAGGAAGCACAGUUAGUUGCACUGGCUCGAUCAGGUACAAGGCUCUUACAGAACACGAACCAACAAAUAUUGUACGAAUUGAAGCCCAUCCAGAAAACAACAGGCCAAUUAUCCAGAUGCCUUUAGAAGGGGAAGGAAGUGGAUCAUGGAAAUGGAAAGCUCCUGAGAAAGGUACCUUGCGGCAAGCCUACGAGCUGAAUGACCUCAACAGAGACUCUGAGAGUUGUGAAUCCUUAAAAGACAGUUUUGGAACAACGGAAAGAAAAAGAAGCAACAUAGAAAAUGAUCACCUUCUUCAUGGAAUCACUACAAUACGAGUUACACCAGUUGAGGGAAGUGAAAUUGGGUCAGAGACUGUUUCUAUUGCUUCGAGCCGAGAUUCUACUCUACGAAGAAAAGGCAAUAUCAUUUUAAUCCCAGAGAGGAGUAACAGCCCUGAGAGCACUCGAAACAUCUUCUACAAAGGAACUUCACCUACUCGCACAUACAAAGAAUGAAACAAUAUGUGAGAUUUCCAUUGGUUUAAGAUAAAUGAAUACUACUUUGAUAACGCUUGUGCUCUUAUUAGUUUGGGAGAUAAUGCUAAAAAUAGUAUUACAUGUGCCAAAUUACUAAUGAUCAAAUGAUCUAUGGUAAAACUUUCCUGAAGAAUGGAGAAGAUUUGGAACUGGUGCAGAAGGGUUGAAAAAAGCACAAUGCAUAGAAGUCAAACCAAUGUGAAGAAUUAAACGCAUUAUACAAUCAAUUUCCUUGAACAAAAAGCGACUGUAGGAAGAAAUGCGAUUUAUCUAGAAAAUGAGUAAUGGACUUUAGACACUUUAUUUCAUGAAUGUGCCAAUUCAGACAUAUUAUGACCUAAAUAAAAUAAUUUAUAGUUUUGACAGCAAAAAUUAAAAUUUAUUUAAUGUAUAAUAUUUACAUUUGCAGUUUAUGCACUAAAAUAACAAUUAAAAGCAAAGAUGUGGUGCUUUGAGCCUAGAUAGCAUAUCAGCUAAAGCACAUGAGGAAUAUUAAUGUGUUCUUCUUUUGACAGUCAAGUUGCUUCUGUUAGGUAGUAGCGACUGCCUUUGUAUAGAAUAGGACAUACAGCUCUGUAAAUGUGGAUCAAUCACACUCAACGUUCCAGAUUUUGGUGUGGAUCCGUACACACUGUUAAUUUUUACAAAGUGUGGGUAUUAUUCACCAUGGUAUUAUUGUUUCUUUUGUUAGCUAUUAUUUCUGUAUUCUGCUUAACAUUUAUUAAGUGCAGAUCAUACUAAAGAAAUAAAGGUGCUCAAUAUUAGGGACAUUCCUACUGACAUUAUUCAUGAAGAAUUUAGACACUCUGAAUGUUUUUAUCCUCAUUUUAUGAUGUUCCUACCUUCACAAUCCCACACCAAAACAGGGUUUAAUGUAUUAUAGGCAUAACGGUAUACUAUAAUGUUUUUAUGAGCAGCUAACUAAAAGAUACUUAUUAAUGCAGAAUACUGCAAAAAUAACCUGUGGAUGUUAUUGGGAGCACCCCGUAGUAGACCUGGUGUUUACACAGAUUUCAUAAAAGAUGCUUAAGUCAAGAGAUGAACAUGGUAGCACAAAGAAAGGCACAAUACAAGGAAUGUCUGUGAAGAUGUAAGCAAUAUGGUAACUAUAAUGUAAGUUGUGGCAUUUGGCACAGGAACAUUUGUAGCAUUGGUACAAUUAGUAAAACAGUUACAUCACAGCGCAUUUAAUCUGACAAUGCUAGUUUAGUUGUAUGGGUUGCUUAAAAUGGCUUAAGUCAUGGUCACUGUAUUAGAAAGAAUAGACAUACACCAUAAAAGAUCCACAGAAACAUAGUUCAUGAAAGGAGGACAGCUCUGACUGUCAGAUUUGACAAGUCACUGUUUUCCUGACUGGCAUUUCAAGCAGCUUCAGGCCAAUAAACUACUGUUGCAAAAGGAAGUCACCAAUUAGACUGCUGGCAGUCUACUUUGUCACUCCAGAAGAAACCGAUAAUGGUAGUUGGCUCUUUACCAAAAACCAUGUUUGACUUAGGGACAUAAUAAUGCUUAAAGAGUACAGAUAAGGGAUUCUUACAAAAUAUUCUGAAUCCAGAUUUCCUUAUAUGGGUCUUUAGAGUAUUUUCUAAUAAUUCCAUGUGGAAUUUCCCCUUUACUAAAUAUGCCUCCCCCCCAAGAGUUAAAAUAUUUCUAAAUGUCUGUGCAACACAUGUAGAGCAAUAUUCUGUCAUACCUCCCUUUGCCCUUUUUGUCCUACAUCCACACUCUCUAUGCUACAUGUCAGGCCACAAGAGAACAAUGCUCAGUGCAGUGAUGUGUUGCAUUAAGAAUGGUGCUGGCAGUGCAAGAGUUCUGGAUAUAUGAUAGGUGGUCAUCUUCAAAUUAAAGUCAUUUUGAUCUGUUUCUGACAAAGACCAACUUUAAAAUAUUAUCAGAUAUCAUUUUUAAAACCAUUUGAUCCAAUUGAAAAGACUAUAUUAUAUAACAUUUACAUGUCUGGAGUGGAACAUGUGCUUUUCAUGCUCUGUACUGUUUUUCAGCAAAUGGGGCUUUUUUAAUUCUCCCUGAACUUAUGUGACUAUAGUUGUAAAAAUAACAAUAAUCAAUAAGAAUACUGCAAAAUGACAAGAGACAUCAAUAUGCCUUCAUAUAGCUGAAAAACAUGCAGCGUGCAGAGUGUUUAUAAACCUCUAGUUUGUUUAGAGCACUAGAUUGUACAGUUCAACACCAUUCUGCGUAUUUCUGAAAGCCACAACAUGGGUAGAGUUUGUGUCAGGAAAGUAACCCAUAAUCUACCAGAUGUUUUUCUUCAUUAUUCUAAAUGAAAUAGUCUAGUUAGCGCUAGUGCAUUGCUAUGGAUCGUAGAAAGAGCGAACUCUGCCCAUGUUAUUGCAUUAUAUCCUUGCAUGCAAUGAACCAUUCACUGCAAACUCAUGAAUCCAGUAAAUUACAUUUUGCCCUUUUGGCAUACCAUUUUCUUCCCCUUUUGUCUUUCAGCAGUUUAGUAACCAAUAUAGAACUAUAGUUUGAAUGAUUUCAACACUCAGUACAGUUCAGGUAUAAUGAGACAUUUUCUGCUCAAGCGUUCCAAAGUCUUAAACAUGAUUUCUGAGUGUUUCAGCAAACCCUGAAACUGUGCUCUUUACAUGAAUCACAUUCAUGUAAAUUAUUUUAUACUUAAAGUGCCAAAAUCUGUUUUUUAUAAAUGCCGUAAUAAAAUCAUAGUAUAUUGUGAAACACGGACUACAGAUAAAACAAAUUUAGUCACUUGUUUAAAGAGACACCUACAUAGAUAUUUGAUAAAGAAAAAUGCCUUUUGUAAAUGUCACCUUUGUUUACAUUAUACUAAUACCUUAAUUUCAAAACAAUCAAUUACCAGAUGGCAUCUUUUUAAAUUUCUAAUUUUCUUACUUGCUAAAGAGGGCACUAAUUUCUUUGUGAGGCUGUGCUUUAUUGAAUAAAGACUAUAAAAUAUGACUAUGUUUUUCAACAAGAAAUCCUCUAUGUAAAGUAAUGUGUUUAAUAAAAUGUUAUGCAAAUGUUUUCAAAUGGAAAAAUAAUUUGUAAAUUGCUAUAAAUGUAUUUUAUCUAAGUAAAAAUCAAUGCUAUCAUGUGAGUUUAUUGUGUAUAACAUCACAAAAUAAAGAUAAAAUCUCCUGUGCA